AUGACGACUCACUCCACCUACGAGACACUUACACACGACACUUAUCGCACCGUCGCAUCAGCAGUCAUGUCCUCUUCGAAUGGAGAAACAAAACUCGAUAUCCAGAUGCGCGAGAUGAGGGCGCAGUUGGAUGAACUACGAAAACAACGGCAAAUUAUUCAGAUGCAUGCUGAAAUGGCGGAGGAACAUCUGCUUUUGCAGCAAGCAAGGGAGAGAGAAAAAGCGGCUCAAAGAGCACUGAAAGAUCAUGAUCAGCGACUGGGACCAACAACUUCAGCGAGUACGUCCGCGAGCAGCAUGGUGACUGGAUAUCUAGAAACUGUCAUGAGUCCGACAGCUGAGAAAUCAAUGCCCAUCAAUAACCACAACGAGAACACAAUUUCGGUCAACGAGUCAUCUACACAACGCUCUGAAAUAUGGAAACAGAAAAUACAGUCCUUGGUAGCUUCUGCUGCCUCAAACAAAGCCAAUGGGGAUGCGUCUGCAACAGACAGAACGCUUCAGGCAACAACACCAUCUGCAAAGCGCCCGGCAGAGGAGUCUGAGCUGCCAUCGGCUAAGCUUUUAAAGAAAGAAACAUCAAUAGAGCCACAAAUCUCCUUAACGACUACCUUCCCAGAUGCUGAGAAGAGGCUGGAGCAAAAUUUUGAAGCAUUACCCAGGAAACAACCUGAGGAGCAGACAAGGCCGAUUUCUCCACCCCAAUGGCCGAGAGCGCGUUCGCCACCAAGAUAUCCCAUACCACGCUCGUCUUCCGGACCAGAUGGAGAGUGUUCCUCAUACAGGCCAGGAAGCAAAUCAUCCCCAUUCAGGGGCUACAUGGCUCGUUCCCCACCAUCCAUUCUCCCUUCACCACACAUGCCGCGCUUUCAGUCGCCAUCCAUAUCGGCUAGAGACCAUUCACCACCAAGAUAUGAGCACCCGCCUCCAAGAAUACCCAGUGAAGGCUCGCUUCCUGGAUACAUACCACCGGCGCAUAUCCCGCCAGCUCGUGGAAUCCCGAAAGAGCUUGUUCCAACACACCAUAAAAGUAUCGCACCGACACAGGAAUCUCCAGCCCCUAACAAAUCGUUUGCACCGAGGCCAGCAGUUCCAGUCUACGAAGCGUCGAGCUGGUCAGAAUUUCGAAACUUCAUUAGUACCCUGGACAUCCACUUCAAACGGUCCGACAACUAUUUCUGCAACGACGAGAGGAAGAUUCAAACCGGAAAGUCCGUGAUAAGCGAAUCGCUAAAAGAUCAAUGGAAUGCGUAUAUCCAACAGCUGCCCAGGGCUACUUGGAUGAUCUUCUGCAACUUCCUCGUGGGCGUACUACCAGCCGAAGGGUGUGCGGUGAAAAAUCGUCGUGCAUACUCUGCUUUGCAACAAAAACCCAACCAAAGCGUGGGGGAUUUUUCGCUUGUCAUGAUGCGGUAUAAGAAGUGCUGGAACAGACGGGACCACAACCCAUUGAGACAUCUGUGGGAUCGUGUUCUUGAACCCAUCAGGAAGAGGUCGGACAAAUCAUGGCAAGACUUUGACGAUUUUCACGAAAUCGUUGAGCAUCUGGUGAAUGUUGAGAGGGCUUGGGAUUCUCGCCCUCCGCAAUCACCGAGGGCAUCGAGAGGGGAACGACCCAAUCUCCCACAACGUGGUCGCCGAAGGCGUGGUCGGAGUUGA